AUGAUUGUCAAUGCAACAUCGGAUCCUAUGAACAUGCCAACAACACACAUAGUGCCCAUAGCAGCCACCACCACCGCUGUUCCGGCAGCAGCCACCACCACCGCUGUUCCGGCAGCAGCCACCACCACCACUGUUCCGGCAGCAGCCACCACCACCGCUGUUCCGGCAGCAGCCACCACCAUCGCUGUUCCGGCAGCAGCCACCACCACUGCUGUCGCAUCAACUGACCCUCCAUCUUCUAGUGAAGGAACCCUGAUUUUUCGGUUCAGUCUCAAUCAGGCAUUCACCGUGGAUCUUGCCAACCAGUCCUCUUCAGCAUUCAAGGCUCUGGCUGGCAAAGUGGUCUUGGAGGUGAACAAGAUUUUUGCUAAAACCCCAAGCUUCCUUCGUUCCAUUGUCAACUCAUUCAAGAAAGGAUCUGUAGUUACCAACAUGACUCUCGUGUUCAGAAACAAAUCUUCAGUUCCCAGCGCAUUCAGCGCACAGGCAACUUUCACCAUCAGUAAUACCUCCCUGAACUUCAUAUCGGACAGCGUCAGUGUUGCUGCUCCCACAACAAACACAGCGGCUUCCACAACAACCACAGCUGUUCCCACAACAACCACAGCUGCUUCGACAACAACCCCAGACGUUCCAACAACAACCACAUCUGCACCCACAACCACCACAGUGGCUCCAACAACAACGACAUCUGCACCCACAACAACCACAGUGGCUCCAACAACAACCACAGCUGCUCCCACAACAACCACAGCUGUUCCCACAACAACCACAGCUGCUUCGACGACAACCCCAGACGUUCCAACAACAACCACAUCUGCACCCACAACAACCACAGUUGCUCCAACAACAAUCACAGAAUCUCCAACAACAACCCCAGACGCACCCACAACAACCACAGCUUCUCCCACACCAACAACAUCAGCUCCAACGACAACUACAUUUGGGGCUACAACAACCACAGCUACUCCUAAAACAACCACAGAUACUCCUAAAAAACCCACAGCUGCUCCCACAACAACCACAGCUGCUCCCACAACAACCACAGCUACUCCAACAACAACCACAGAUGCUCUGACCACAGUUACAACUCGUUCUUCAACCACUACCACAACAUCGGCCCCUCCACCACCAGAGGUUAAGUUGGAGUUCAAAUUGGAGCAAAACUUCACAGCAGACUUGAAUAAUGUGUCUUCACCAGAGUUCCAAACAUUAGCAAAUACUGUGGCUACAGCGCUGGAAAAUGUGUACAAAAUUAAAUAUGGAUCCAGUUUUGUUCGCAUAGAAGUUAUAGGUUUCAGUCAAGGUUCAGUUGUGGUAAUCACUAAGCUGGUAUUUAACGAUACCAGCUCAGUCCCUGCGAACAGUGAUGUGGCUAACACGAUGAAAGAGGCAGUUUCAAGCAACAGCUCUAAUUUCUCUCUCCCAGUGAACACAGCCUCUAUUGUGGCAACACAGGUCAUUGCACCAACACAACCCCCAGCAGCCUCAACUCCAACUUCAGCUGUGGAUACAACAAUCACAGUUGCUUCCACAACAACCACAGCUGUUCCCACAACAACCACAGAUUCUCUGACAACAACCCCAGAUGUUCUAACAACAACCACAGCUUCUCCAACAACAACCACAGCUUCUCCCAGAACAACCACAGCUGCUACCAUAACAACCACAGCUGCUCUCCCAACAAUUACUGCUUCUCCCACAACAACCACAGCUGUUCCAACAACAACCACAUCUUCACCCACAACAACCACAGCUGUUCCAACAACAACCACAUCUCCACCCACAACAACCACAGUGGCUCCAACAACAACCACUGCUAUUGGCUCCAACAUCAACCACAUCUGCAGCCACAACAACAAUAUUGGCUCCAACAACAACCACAGUGGCUCCAAUAACAACCACAUAUGCAACCACAACAACUACAGUGGCCCCAACAACAACCACUCCUUCUCCCACAACAAACACAGCUUCUCCCACAACAACCACAGCUGCUCCGACAACAACCAAAGAAUCUCCCGCAACAACCACAGAUCUUCUCCCACAACAACCACAGCUGCUCCCACAACAACCACGGUUGCUACCACAACAACCACAAUUUCUCCCACAACAACCACAGCUGUUCCCAUAUCAACCACAGCUGCUCCCACAAGAACCCCGGUUGCUCCCACAACAACCACAGCUUUUCCAACAACAACCACAGCUGCUCCGACAACAACCACAGAUGAUCCAACAACAACCACAGUGGCUCCAACAACAACCACAUCAUCACGCACAACAACCACAGCUUCUCCCACAACAACGACGGUUGCUUCCACAACAAUCACAGCUGUUUCCACAUCAACCACAGAUGUUCCGACAACAACCCCAGACUUUCAAACAACAACCACAGUGGCUCCAACAGCAACGACGGUGGCUCCAACAACAACCACUACUUCUCCCACAACAACCACUGCUUCUCCCACAACAAACACAGCUUCUCCCACAACAACCACAGCUACUCCGACAACAACCACAGAAUCUCCCACAACAAUCACAGAUGCACCCACAACAACCACAGAUGGACCCACAACAACCACAUCUGCUCCCACAACAACCACAGAUGUUCCAACAACAACCACAGCUGCUCCAACAACAACCACAGAUGUUCCAACAACAACCACAGCUGCUCCGACAACCACCUCAGACGUUCCAUCAACAACCACAGUGGCUCCAACAACAACCACAUCUGCAACCACAACAACUACAGUGGCUCCAACAACAACCACUGCUUCUCCCACAACAAACACAGCUUCUCCCACAACAACCACAGCUGCUCCGACAACAAUCACAGAAUCUCCCACAACAACCACAGAUGCACCCACAACAACCACAGCUGCUCCCACAACAACCACAGAUGUUCCAACAACAACCAUAGCUGCUAAAACAACAACCCCAGAUGAUCCAACAACAACCACAUCUGCACCCACAACAACCACAGAUGCUCCCACAACAACCACAGUUGCUCCCACAACAACCACAGCUGCUCCCACAACAUCCACAGCUGCUCCAACAACAACCACAGAUCCACCCACAACAACCGAAGAUGCUCCCACAACAACCGAAGAUGCUCCCACAACAACCACAGAUGUUCCAUAAACAACUACAGCUGCUCCAACAACAACCACAGCUUCUCCCACAAAAACCACAGAUGCACCCACAACAACCACAGCUGCUCCCACAACAACCAAAGAUGCUCCCACAACCACUACAGAAGCUCCAACAACAACCACAUCUGCAACCACAACAACGACAUUGGCUCCAACAACAACCACUGCUUCUCCCAUAACAACCACAGCUUCUCCCACAACAACCACAGAUCCACCCACAACAACCGAAGAUGCUCCCACAACAACCGAAGAUCCUCCCACAACCACCACAGUGGCUCCAACAACAACCACAGCUGCUCCGACAACAACCACAGAUGAUCCAACAACAACCACAGUGGCUCCAACAACAACCACAUCAUCACCCACAACAACCACAGCUGUUCCCAUAACAACCACAGCUGCUCCCACAAGAACCACUGUUGCUCCCACAACAACCACAGCUUUUCCAACAACAACCACAGCUGCUCCGACAACAACCAUAGAUGAUCCAACAACAACCACAGUGGCUCCAACAACAACCACAUCAUCACCCACAACAACCACAGCUUCUCCCACAACAACGACGGUUGCUUCCACAACAAUCACAGCUGUUUCCACAACAACCACAGAUGCUCCGACAACAACCCCAGACUUUCAAAAAACAACCACAGUGGCUCCAACAGCAACCACGGUGGCUCCAACAACAACCACUACUUCUCCCACAACAACCACAGCUUCUCCCACAACAACCACAGCUGCUCUAACAACAGCCACAGCUGCUACCACAACAACCAGAGAUGCUCCCACAACCACCACAUCUGCUUUAACAACAGCCACAGCUGAUACCACAACAAACACAGCUGGUCCCACAACAUCCACAGCUGCUCCUACACCAACCACAGUUGCUCCCACAACAUCCACAGCUGUUCCCAAAACAACCACAGCUUCUCUGACAACAACCUAAUAUGUUCCAACAACAACCACGGCUUCUCCAACAACAACCACAGCUGCUCCAACAACAACCACAGCUGCUCCCAUAACAACCACAGAUGCUCUCCCAACACUCACAGCUUCUCCUACAACAAACACAGUGGCUCCCACAACAACCACAGCUACUCCCACAACAACCACAGCUUUUCCCACAACAACCACAGAUGCUCCGACAACAACCCCAGACGUUCCAACAACAACCACUGUGGCUCC